AUGGCAGGAGCAUUUGGCAUCACAUUGUUGUGUUCAUGGCUGUUCUUUACAUGCAUUGUCCAGGCCCAAACUGGACCUAUUGAUGUCACUCAACUUGGCGCAAAACCUGAUGGCAGUGCUGACAUGAGUCAGGUUUUGGCGGAUGCUUGGAAACAAGCAUGUAAUUCUACAACAGCAACUACAAUUUUGAUUCCAAAGGGCACAUUUUUAUUAAAAGAAGCGAGCCUUGUAGGCCCUUGCAAAGCACCCGUUGAGGUUCAAAUACAAGGCACCAUCAAAGCACCUGAAGAUCCCGCACAAAUAAGCAAGGAUAAGGAAUGGAUGACAAUUAUGUACGUUGACCAAUUGACACUCACCGGAGGUGGUACCUUGGAUGGCCAAGGAGCCAAAGCUUGGACCCAAAAUGAAUGUCGUGUGAAAACCGAAUGCAGCAAACUUCCAAAUACUUUGAGCGUGAAUUUCGUCAACAAUACUGUCAUCCGCGACCUAACUUCUUUGAACAGCAAACUGUUUCACGUGAAUCUUUUCGGAUGCAACAAUAUAACAUUCCAACACUUCACAAUCACAGCACCUGGGGACAGUCCCAACACUGAUGGUAUUCACAUUGGACAUUCCACUGGAGUUGUCAUCACAGAUUCAAACAUAGGAACCGGGGACGAUUGCAUCUCAAUUGGUGAUGGUGCCAAACAAGUUAACAUAAGCAAAGUGACAUGUGGACCUGGCCAUGGAAUCAGCGUUGGAAGUCUUGGAAGGUAUGACAAUGAACUACCUGUUGAGGGUAUCUUUGUUACCGACUGCACCAUCUCCGGUACUUUAAAUGGUGUAAGAGUAAAGAGUUGGCCAGCUGCUAAAAGCGGUAGUGCCACCAAUAUGCACUUUGAAGGUAUUAUCAUGCAAAAUGUCAGCAAUCCAGUGAUCAUUGAUCAAGAAUAUUGCCCAAACAACCAGUGCACAAACACUGCCCCAUCAAGUGUUAAGAUUGCUCAGGUCAGCUUCAAGAACAUCACUGGCACUUCAGCAACACCAGCUGUUGUGACUCUUCUUUGCAGUAAGAGUAUCCCAUGCGAGGGUGUAGAGGUUGCUGACAUUGACUUGGCAUACAAUGGCAAUCAAGGGAAUGUGUCAAGCAAUUGUGCCAAUGUAAAGCCAGCUCUGAGUGGCAAGCUGAACCCUCCAAUUUGUGCCAAUGCCACCAUUCCUGCUCAGGCUGCUUAA